GGGACUUGGGUCAUGAGACUGAACUCCGAUCGCGUUCGCUAGAGGAGGAGGAUAGAUGGGAUUGACAUGUACGCUCCAGCGGCUGCCAAAGCAGCACUUAGGUUUCCGAUGAAUUAGAUAGAUCUUCUCUGCAGCAAUACACUGGAAGAGACAAAGGAGAGGGGAAGACGGGCGAUAUUUACUUGAGCAGAAAUCCCGGGCUGUGCAACAGAAUGGAGGGGCAGGAUUUGGGUUAUGAAACUCCAGGGCAGUGCAAACGCAGCCUGGUGCGAAUGCCUAUAUUGCGCUUCAGCGAACUGCUUCCUUUAAGGUGGUUUUUGUGAUCCUGUUGCUAGGAUUAAGCCUUUUGCAUUGCGGCAUGGAGAGUCUUUUGUUUGAGUUAAAUUCAGACCUCUUGAUAUGUCACCUGACAGUCUUGUGGUUUUGGAUGAAUGUGGCUCAUUGCUAUUAUUAACCUGAGUUGGCAGCCGGGCACAACAGGAGUUUAUAGGGAUUUUGAAAAGUGGAACUGCUCGGGGGACAAAGAUGCUUCCCAGCUGGCCUUUGCCGGAGUUUGACCCAAGUCAGAUCCGACUGAUUGUGUAUCAGGACUGCGAAAGAAGAGGACGGAAUGUCUUAUUUGACUCCAGUGCUAAAAGAAAAAUAGAGGAUGUUUCGGUGUCGAAACUCUGCAGCGACGCUCAGGUGAGAGUUUUUGGGAAAUGUUGCCAACUGAAGCCUGGAGGAGACAGCUCUUCUUCCUUGGAUAGUUCAAUAAAUUCAUCCUCCUCGUUCUCUGAUCCAAAAGAACAAUGCCCAAAAUACCAGGGUUCUCGGUGCUCCUCAGAUGCUAAUAUGCUUGGAGAGAUGAUGUUUGGCUCUGUGGCCAUGAGCUACAAGGGCUCUACAUUGAAAAUUCACCAGAUCCGCUCACCUCCUCAGCUCAUGCUCAGCAAGGUUUUCACAGCUCGCACUGGAAGCAGCAUCUACGGAAGUCUGAAUACGUUGCAGGACAGUCUUGAGUUCAUUAAUCAAGACAGCAAUACAUUAAAGCCUGACCACAGUACAAUUAUGAAUGGACUUCUUGGGAAUAUAGGUCUUUCACAGCUUUGCAGCCCUAGGCGGGCAUUCUCAGAGCAAGGUCCGCUCCGCCUGAUCCGGAGCGCCUCUUUCUUUGCAGUUCAUAGCAACCCUAUGGAUAUGCCUGGGAGGGAGCAGAAUGAGGACAGAGACAGCGGUAUAGCAAGAUCUGCAUCUCUUAGCAGUCUGCUCAUCACUCCGUUUCCAUCUCCGGGCUCUUCGUUUAACAAAAGCUGUGCUAGCAGUUACCAGAGGCGUUGGCGUCGCAGUCAGACUACCAGCUUGGAGAAUGGGGUCUUCCCUCGAUGGUCCAUGGAUGAAAGCUUUAACUUGUCAGAUGACAGCUCUGGUCCUAGCCCAGGAAUUGUUAGGAAGAAAAAGAUAGCAAUUGGGGUUAUUUUUUCACUCUCAAGAGAUGAAGAUGAAAACAACAAAUUUAAUGAGUUCUUCUUCUCACACUUUCCUCUUUUUGAGAGUCACAUGAACAAACUGAAGAGUGCAAUAGAACAGGCUAUGAAAAUGAGUCGUAGAUCAGCUGAUGCCAGUCAGCGGAGUUUGGCAUAUAACAGAAUUGUUGAUGCCCUUAAUGAAUUCAGAACGACUAUUUGCAAUCUCUACACGAUGCCACGGAUUGGGGAGCCUGUCUGGCUUACUAUGAUGUCGGGGACACCAGAAAAGAACCAGCUUUGCCAUCGCUUCAUGAAGGAAUUCACUUUUUUGAUGGAAAAUGCUUCUAAAAACCAGUUCUUACCAGCUUUACUGACUGCAGUCCUGACUAACCACUUGGCCUGGGUCCCUACCGUCAUGCCAAAUGGCCAGCCACCGAUAAGAAUCUUCCUGGAAAAGCAUUCUUCCCAGAGCGUGGACAUGCUGGCCAAAACUCAUCCAUACAACCCACUGUGGGCACAGCUCGGUGACCUGUAUGGGGCUAUUGGAUCACCUGUGAGAUUAGCAAAAACAGUUGUGGUUGGCAAAAGGCAUGACCUGGUACAGAGAUUGCUUUAUUUCCUUACUUACUUCAUCAGAUGCUCUGAGCUUCAAGAGACACAUCUUCUAGAAAACGGGGAAGAUGAAGCCAUUGUCAUGCCUGGAACUGUUAUAACUACCACGCUGGAGAAAGGAGAAGUAGAAGAAUCUGAGUAUGUGCUUGUCACAAUGCACAAGAACAGGGGCAACUUGCUGCCGACGGAGUCUGAAGAAGUGAGAACUCCGAACUGUAGCUGUAAAUAUUGCAAAUGUCCGAUUUCCCUUGCACAAAACAUAGAAGCUGUUUCACAGCAGGAGAGAGAAGAUGCUCAAAACACUCCUAAGGUAGAGCUGGAAACCUCUUCGGAUGAGAACAGAACUAUUGUUCCUGACGAUUGCCAGGAAGAUGCUGUUGAUGUUAAGCAACCGAGACCCUGCCUGGACACAAAACUAGAGAUCGUGGUGUGCACAGGGUCAGCUUCACCAGAAAAACGUGUAGUGACGGAAUCUGGUUUGGAGCCAACAGCAAACGUGUGGAGGAACGAAGACUCGCUGGAAUCGGGCAACCAGGCGGUCAGUGUAACAAGGUCACCCGGUAUUGCCGUGGAAAAGAAGCCGCCGGAUAAGCUCUUCUGCGAUGUGUUUCCUUGCAGCGCUGCCGAAGCUCAGACAAAGGUGACUUUCCUCAUCGGAGAUUCCAUGUCACCCGAUUCAGACAUCGAACUCAGAAGUCAGGCAGUAGUGGAACAAAUUGCUAGGCAUCACAGCCCGCCAGCAACAGAGGAAGGAGUGCCUGCUGAUCAGAACUGUGAAGCUAAACAAACUGUUGAGGACCAAAAUAGAGACUGUGGGACAGCUGAACCCUUUCCUCAAGUUGCUAGUGAGCAUCAGAGCUGGAAUCCAAAUGCAUACAACGCUGAGAGCAUGAGUCUGUUUGACGAAUAUUUUACUGAUGACAGUUCAAUUGAAACCCGGACUAUUGAUGAUAUUCCAGGGCAAGCAGCUACAGACCUUCUUGCUCACAACACUAGUUUAGAGUUUUCUAAAAAGCUGUGUACAAAGACUAGCAAACCACCUAGUGAGUUUUGUAAAUUUAUGGACUCUGUUCGACAAGAGACCUACAAAAACUGCUUUAAUGAGCAGGACCAAAGAGAGAAAAUCUCUAUUCGCGUCCCCCAUGGGGACAGAGAAAACAUAGAGAAAAAAGUCGCCCCGGGAAUUGAUUGGGACAUUCCAAGAAAUGAGAGUUCAGAUAGUGCCCUGGGUGACAGCGAAAGUGAGGAUACAGGUCAUGAUCUAACUAGACCAAGCGGUAACUAUUACGGAGGGGAGCAAGAAGAUUGGGCGGAAGAAUACGAGAUUCCCUUCCCUGGGUCAAAAUUAGUUGAAGUGAACUCUGUCCAGCCCAGUAUUGCCAAUUUUGGAAGAUCCUUACUAGGUGGCUACUGUUCGUGUUACGUCCCUGACUUUGUUUUGCAAGGAAUAGGAAGUGAUGAAAAGCUGAGGCACUGUUUGGUGUCAGAUUUGUCUCAUGCUGUGCAGCAUCCUGUUCUGGACGAACCGAUUGCAGAAGCCGUCUGCAUUAUUGCAGACACGGACAAAUGGACGGUGCAAGUGGCCAGUAGCCAGAGACGAAUGAUUGAUAAUAAGCUGGGAAAAGAAGUGUUAGUCUCGAGUCUCGUCUCCAACCUGCUUCAUUCCACUCUUCAGCUUUACAAGCACAAUUUAUCUCCAAACUUCUGUGUCAUGCACCUGGAAGAUCGGCUGCAGGAGCUCUAUUUCAAAAGCAAGAUGCUGUCCGAGUAUCUCAAGGGCCAGAUGAGAGUUCACGUCAAGGAGCUGGGCAUGGUGCUGGGGAUUGAAUCCAGCGACCUCCCUUUACUGGCAGCUGUAGCAAGCACUCACUCUCCGUAUGUUGCCCAGAUACUACUUUAAAAUGCCAGAGGCCGUGGACGUUGACUUUUUUCCCCUCUGGAAAUAAAGUGGAAGACAACUCGUUCUGGCUCCUUUCUCUUUGAAGCAACUAAAACAAACUGCUCGGUGAGCUGCAGCACCUCCAUGUAUGACUGCACGUUACGCAAACCGUUGGAGACUUUUCCUCUCCCACUUGGUCAUUUAUAAAAAAGGAUAAAGAAAGGAAAAAGGAAAAAUGAGUAAGGCUGAGAUUUCAACCACGGAAAAGCAAAGAUUUUAGCAAAAGCUGAAGAUCUGCAUUUUUUAAUCAGUUUCUGUCACAAUGGCUAACUGUAAUUUAUACUGGGGAACGUGAGGAAGAACUGCUUUGAGAAAUGCAUGAUGCCAUCGCCAGUUACAAACUCAACAAGAGAAUGCAGCAGCUGCCUUCAGACUGGCUUCUGCCCAUGAGGAUCUCGUCAGAUCCGUGAUUCUCAAGCUGCAGUGAUUUGUAAACAGCCUCUGCUUUUUCACGGCAUAGUCAAAUUCUGGACGCUUCCCCGAGGAAGAACAGGGGUUGGGGGGGGGUUGGUGUGUUUUGUAAAAAGCUCAUUAAUGACACUCAGCUCCAAAAUCUAUUUAUGAUCUUUCCCCUGGGGAGAGGGGAUAGCGGGGGGCGUCGGUGGGGACAGGGAGGGAGAGGCCAACAGACAGACUAGCGAUGGAGGUUCUCUUUCUUGGCCGGAUGUUGUAACCAGUAUUAAAUGUGUUUAUAAUGUUUAGAUGUUGCUUUAUACUAAGUGAUGCUUUUCUUCCACAACGUAAUCAAAACGUUAAAAAAAAAAAAACCAAACCAAACAACCCAAAUCUAAAGAGAACGUUGGCUGAAAUUUCCCCGUGGGGUCCCCAGAACGACACGACUAUUACCUCUAACUUUUUUAUGGUCUCUAAUGUUCUUGCAACAUCAUAUUCUUUUUACAGCAGUCAGUCAGCUAUUGAAAUAAUGAACUAGAAAUAAUUGUACCAAAGCAUUGGGGAAAAAACAGAUAGACUCUUACCCUUAAUUGCUCAGGUAACUAACUGAUAUAUUUUUUAAAACCAUUCUACAAAAAAUGAACAUUGAUUACACCAGAGUAUAGUAAUAUCAAAAUUAUUUUUUGA